AUGCCAUCGAACAUCCAAUUGAUUCAGGGGUGGCCCAACUCAUCAUCAUCUUUUGACAUACACAAGCACACUGAGAUGUCCAAAGACGAUCCGGCGAGAGAUGGGGACUUCAACUUUGAUUCAAACCCCAAUUCCGAGUUCCACGUGGUAGAGGCACACGUACUGCAAGAGAGGCGAAUUGGAAUAUUUGGAAGCAUCUCUCUUAUUGUCAACAAGAUCAUCGGAGCCGGGAUAUUCUCAACCCCGGCGACCAUCUACAGCCUUAGCGGAAGCGUAGGGAUGGCAUUGACCAUCUGGGUCGUUGCAGGCCUCAUCUCUAUAUCGGGUUCCUUGAUUAUGAUGGAAUUUGGUAGCGCUAUACCUAGAUCAGGAGGUAUAAAGCUCUACCUGGAACGGUCUUUCUCCCCAAAGCUUCUACAAACCUGUGUCUUCCUAUUCUAUUGUGUCUUCCUUCAGGUAUCUGCAAGCAACGCCAUUACUUGCUCCUCUUAUCUUCUCCUCGCUGGAGGAGCAGAAUCGACGACUUGGAAGCUUCGGGGAGUAGCCAUUGCAUCUGUGGGAUUUGCAGUAGGUAUACACACAGUAGCGCCGAAGAUGGGAAGGCUUCUGCAAGAUAUAUUAAGCUUGGUAAAACUCUUCAUUCUGCUUUUCAUUGUGUGUACCGGCUUUGCAGCUCUGGCAGGUCAUCUCAAGGUGCCCGACCCCAAGAACUUGAAUGUCAGUACUUCUUUCCGAGGAACGUCAAACAGCUGCUAUGGUAUCGGUACAGCGCUUCUAUCCGGGACUUUUUCAUUCCAGGGUUACGACAAUGUCAAUGCGUUUGCAGCUGUUCCCAAACAAGAGUUCACUAGCUCCAAUAUAACCAUUGCCGCCGUGCUGUUUCGAAACGUAUUUGGGAACUCAGCGGCCACAAAAGCACUCCCUUCGCUCGUUGCACUGUCUGCUCUAGGGCAUCUCUUGGGGAUUGCAUUCACAGUUCCUCGGGUGAUCCAGGAGUUGGCAAAAGAUGGGAUAACCCCAUUUCCGAACCUCCUUAUGCAAAACCGGCCCUUUACUACGCCGAUAGCCGCCCUCAUCACACAUUUAGGAGUGAGCAUUCUUUUCAUCUGUGCACCGCCCGCUGGAGAUGCGUUCAACUUUGUCAUCGGCCUUUCCUCUUACCCCUAUGUUGUCCUUGUGACUGGCGUGACAAUUGGUCUGGUAAAGCUUCGCCUAAACAAAGAUGAGGAGUGGACGGCAGGAUUUUCUACACCGUGGAUUGUCGUUAUUUUUUAUCUCCUAGCAAACAUCGUGAGUGUUGAUCCCUUCUAG